AUGAGUUUGACAGUUGACCAAUAUUUUACUGACUUUUCGCCUACUCAGACUUACAUAACCCCAUUUAAGGUAAGUAUAAUAAUUAUUAUGCAAUCUUUGCUUUUAGAGGAACAGAUUUUGAUUAUUAAUUCUUCUUUCAGUCUUCAGUCUACUUGAUGAUGGCCAAGCUUUCCGAAAUAUUUACUCAAUUAAAAGAGAGUGACGCUGCCGAUGAAUCCACGACUUUUAUCGAUGAACUCUGUGACCGUCGUUCCUAUUAUUCCGCCCUCUUGUGGACGCUUCUUCGAGGCCCGGAGAUGUCGUUGCCCAUUCUCAAAUGUUUUAUUCACCGAUAUAUGGAUGAUUUUGACGGGUUCUUCCAGGAGUUUGUCUUGAUGUAAGUAUUACUGAUUUAUUAUUUACUUUCUUAGAAUGAUGAACUACGAGAAGAAGGAGGUGGUUCCAAACAAUAAGGAAUACUUUGAUCCUGUUCGAUGCACAUUUCUGAAGCCAUUGUCUUUGUUUGGAUUCUUCAUCGAAAGAGUAGGUGCUUUUCUUUUUGUUCCAUCUUUUAGUUCUCCGAAGAAUACAAUAGCAUGAACAGCACGAUGCAGUUUAAGUUCGCGCUGAGUUGGGCGAAAUACCUGGAUUCCCCAGCAACUCAAGAGGAAAUUGAGCAUUACUCAGCUGAAUGGAAGGUGGAUGUGAAUGAGAUGCUUGUGAAAGUUGUCCAAUUGGAAGAAUCGAUUAAAGAAAAUGCCAGGAAAUCAAAAAGAAACGUAUUUUAUAACAAGCCCAAUACUUCAAGUAUGGAAGUGGACUGA